AGUUGUAUACAUUUUCCCAUAGUCAAUUUUUAACCUCAGUUAUUCUUCGAUACAUAUCAGAAAGAGUGAUCAAACAAUCCUACCGACUCUUAUCAGACAAUCUUUUUAUAACCUGCUUCCUUUCACUAUAGUGAGAGUGCCGGCCCCAACAGCAAUCCGCCAUCGGUGGGCAGGUUUGACUUCCAAUCAGUUUUUUACACCAUAUAUUCAAAGUACUUCUGUAAUCAACUUCUCUGUGGCGAAGACGACAAUUUAUGGCUAUAGUAUUAACAAGGUUGUAUUUGUGUACACUGGAAAAAAACAACGCGGGACAAGUAACAACGAACCAUUGGUCAAAUUUAACUUUUUCUCUCAGCAUAGCUAUAAUGACAGAAUGAAGUAGAGCAAAUAAGAAUGAUUGGGAUUUAGCAAGAGAAAUGAAUAUAGAAUCUGAUGCUACAAUUCGCUCCAAAUUGUUCUUCCAACUGUUCGUAGGUCCAGAGCUUCCACUUAAACUUGGCUGUUAAAACACCAUUCCUCAGUGUUACAGCAAUUUCAUGUAUAUCUGCUUACAGCUAUGAAUUUUUGUUGCUUUGAUUUUUUAAAGAGGAGUGAAACAAAGAAACAGGCAUCAGCAAACGAUGAAAUAGGAGAUGCCUUUUCAAGACUUCCAAAUGUCAAAUAUUUCACUUAUCAUGAAUUGGAAAUCGCGACAAGGAACUUUCAUCCAGAGAACAAAAUAGGAGAAGGUGGUUUUGGCAGUGUGUAUAAGGGAAUCCUGAAGGAUGACACCCAAGUAGCAGUAAAGUCGCUUUCUGUCCAAUCCAAACAAGGUGUUCAAGAGUUUCUAACUGAGAUAGCUACUAUCAUUGACGUCAGACACGAAAAUCUUGUUAAACUGUAUGGAUGCUGUGUACAAGAAAGUCAUCGGAUUUUGGUUUAUGAGUACCUUGAGAACAACAGCAUUGCUCAAUGUUUACUUGGUUCAGAGACUGGUCAAAUAGAUUUGGAUUGGCCAACGAGAGCUAAAAUCUGCAAGGGAACUGCCAGUGGUCUUGCUUAUCUUCAUGAGGAGCUUGUGCCGUAUAUUGUACACCGGGACAUUAAAGCUAGUAAUAUCCUUCUUGACAGAGAUCUUAAUCCAAAGAUUUCAGACUUUGGUCUAGCUAAGCUUUUCCCGGAUAAUGUCACUCAUAUCAGUACACGGGUUGCUGGCACACUUGGUUAUCUGGCUCCAGAAUAUGCCAUGCGUGGCCAGCUGACAAAAAAAGCAGACGUUUACAGCUUUGGGAUACUUGUUCUUGAAGUAGUCAGUGGCAGGAGUAACACGAAGAAUAGCCUGCCAGAUGAGAAACAAAUACUUUUGGAGUGGACAUGGCAUCGGAGGGAGGAGAACAAACUUUUAGAUGUUGUCGAUCCAAAGUUAAAGGAGUGUCCCACAGAAGAAGUAUUGCGUUUCAUCAAGGUUGCACUUUUAUGCACACAAGCUGCAGCGAACUUCAGGCCUUCUAUGUCUCAAGUAGUGGCAAUGCUUUCAAAAGACAUAAAUAUAAAUGAGAACCUUUUGACAAAACCUGGAUUGAUCUCUGACUUCAGAAACUUCAAAGGAGGAGUUGGAACACAUGGUUCUGCAAGCAGAACAAAGGCACAAUCAACGCACAAAGGAGCGUCAUCUUCAUCAUCAACGUCUCUAAUGACCACUAUAGUUAGCAGCUCACCAGCCAGCUUCACUCAAAUGGAACCUAGGUGAAUGCAAAUAAUAUGAAUUCUGGCACCAGCUUUUUCAGGAUGGUGGGAAUACCCUCCCCAACAAUUUUUGCAGUGUUUUUACCUGAUGGAAGGAUCAAAGAUCCCAAUAUUAUCUUUUAAUCAGCUAUUUUACUCCUUGCCAUGCAAGGAUAGGUCAAUUAUCAAAUUGUAUUUGUAUGAGAGGAUAGUUUAAAGAUCAAACAUGCAAAAACUUUUUGAAUCUAUCUGUAGGAGUCGGGUCAUAAGCUAUAAUUUUUCCUACGAGCUUCAUGCAAAACCGGCAUAGCUUGCACACUAAUCUACAGUGCCAAAUUCAGCACUAGAGCUUUGACAGUCUAAAGAAUGGAACUUGGACGUUCCCAUUGAUUUGAAGAAGUGUCUUGAUGGCCGUGAAAAUUGCAUGGGAUUCAAAAUUGAUGGCCGUGAAAAUUGCACGGGAUUCAAAAUUUGUAUUAUGGGCAGGGUAUAUUUGCUGUAAUCUGGGUGGAAGAAAUCCACUUAUGCUUGAUCAAAUUGAAUUCAAUUUUUUAUUUAUAGUUCCAAAACAUAUACAUUCUGAGGAGGCUAAUGAUUUGGACAUGCCAGCGUGUACAAUUGUUUAUGACUAGCUUUCAUUUACAUGUAAUAUUCAUAUCUUGUGGAAUGCUACCAUGUACUUGACAAAGGGCAGAAGGGUCCAAAAUUUCUUUCAGAAGAUUGAUAAAGAUUGUGAUUAUAUUCUAUGACAUUUGGUUCUUGAAGGCAUGCAUGUUUAUGAGCUUAACUGCAUUGCUCAUGUAACACCAAAUUUUGCAUGAAGUAUGUUUUUUAUUUAUAGUUCCAAAACAUAUACAUUCUGAGGAGGCUAAUGAUUUGGACAUGCCAGCGUGUACAAUUGUUUAUGACUAGCUUUCAUUUACAUGUAAUAUUCAUAUCUUGUGGAA